CCCAUCUCUCCUUAUCAUCCACUAGUUUUCACAUGAUACUUGCUUUUACUAUACAAGAAGCAUACCCUUCUCUGAUUCUUGAAUAUCACCUUCAUUUUCUUGAAUCUCCGGUGAACCCAGUCUUGGACGUGCGAGAUGAGGAGGGCCUUGACAGGGUCAUCAUUGAAGGGGGUGUGGCUGGGGAAUGAGUGGGGAAGAAGCUCCUUUUGGUGGCAAAAUGAUGGUGCUUUAAGGAGGACAGAAAUUUGCUUUCUUGGUUUGCCAAAUGGAAACCAUACUGCUAAAAUCACCAUCUUUUCAUCACUUCCAGUACCCUUUCUGAGCAAAUCUAUCCAUCCUGUUCUAGCAGAUGCUUCUGCUGUGUCUUCACCAACAUUAGAAACUCAGGAGCAGUUUGAGAGUGAAGAAAUGGAUUCAGCAUAUGGAUUAAAAACUGUCCAUGUCAAAUUUGAAUUACAAAAAGAAUGUUCAUUUGGGCAGCAAUUUCUGAUGGUUGGUGAUGAUCUAAUGUUUGGUGCAUGGGAUCCAUCAAAAGCUGUUCCUCUCACCUGGUCAGAAGGACAUGUAUGGACUCUUGAGAUGGAUAUUCCCACAGGCAAAUCUAUUGCCUAUAAGUUCAUACUGAAAGAAGCUGAUAAGGAUAUUAUAUUGUGGCAACCCGGCCCUGAUCGCAUGGUGGAAACAUGGGAAACAAGCAACACAAUAACAGUUUGUGAAGAUUGGGAUAAUGCUGAGCUCCAGAAUAUUAUAGAGGGGGGAGUUGUAGAUGGAGAAGCAAAGGGGUCUGAAAUUUAUCCAGGAAUGCUGAUUGCUGAGAAGUUAUCUGGAAAUGAGGAGCAUGGUUCUCUAGUUGCAGAUAAUAUAAGCACGGGUAGCUCAGUUAGUUUCUGGAUGGCAGAUUGUGGGCAAGGGCAAGAUAAUAUAAGCGGAGUUGAAGAGGAGGUGAAUGCAUCUGAAGCUUUGGUUUUUGAUGAAGAGACUCUGGUUUUAGUGCCGGGACUGAAUCAAAUUAUAGGUGUGGAAUCUGAACUAGUGCCCUUGAAAGAAGAUGAGACAGAGAGUGAGGGAGAAGGUUUGGUUGGAUGUAUUAAUGCACCAGAGUUGAAUUCAAAUGAAGAGUUUCUGAGUGGUAAAGAAACCUCUGAGAUGGUGUUAAGCAAACAGCCAUCGGAGCUGAGUGUCGUUGAAAGUGACCUCCAAUGGGGUAGGACAACUCUCCACAAAUUGCUCACUAAUUUGGGGUGGUUAUAACAUCAAAGCUUUCAAGGUAAUUCCUGUCUCUGUACUCCACUACUGUGUAUUCAUGGAUUUUCUCAUAAGUGGGAGAAUUACUUUUUCCUUCUUGUUCUAUCGAACUAGUUUACUGAA